AUGGGUGGUGACUGUGCCACCCUCCUGAAGAACAUUGGGGCGCUGCCCGUGGAGAUGGCUCGGAUGUAUUUUGCAGAAACGGUUCUGGCCCUUGAGUACUUACACAAUUAUGGCAUCGUGCACCGUGAUCUCAAACCAGACAACCUCCUCAUCACCUCCAUGGGCCACAUCAAACUCACGGAUUUUGGCCUCUCCAAGAUGGGACUCAUGAGUCUCACAACCAACUUAUAUGAAGGCCACAUUGAGAAGGAUGCCCGGGAGUUCCUGGACAAACAGGUGUGUGGGACCCCAGAGUACAUCGCACCCGAGGUCAUCCUGCGCCAGGGCUACGGCAAGCCAGUGGACUGGUGGGCUAUGGGGAUCAUUCUCUACGAGUUCCUGGUAGGCUGUGUGCCUUUCUUCGGGGAUACCCCAGAAGAGCUCUUUGGACAGGUCAUCAGUGAUGACAUACUAUGGCCUGAAGGAGAUGAGGCCCUGCCUACAGACGCCCAGCUGCUAAUAUCUAGCCUCUUGCAGACCAACCCCCUGGUCCGACUUGGGGCAGGUGGGGCUUUUGAAGUGAAGCAACACAGUUUCUUCCGAGACCUAGACUGGACGGGGCUGCUGCGGCAGAAGGCAGAGUUCAUUCCCCACCUAGAGUCGGAAGAUGACACCAGCUACUUUGACACCCGCUCGGACAGGUAUCACCACGUUAACUCCUACGACGAGGACGACACCACCGAGGAGGAGCCCGUGGAGAUCCGCCAAUUCUCCUCCUGCUCUCCGCGCUUCAGCAAGGUGUAUAGCAGUAUGGAGCAGCUGUCGCAGCACGAGCCCAAGACCCCUGUGUCAGCAUCAGGCGCUAGCAAACGGGACCCAAGCGCCAAGGGCCCAGAGGAGAAGGUGGCCAGCAAGCGGGAGGGACUGGGUGGCCUGACUCUGCGCGAGAAGACCUGGAGAGGGGGUUCCCCGGAGAUUAAGCGCUUCUCAGCGUCUGAAGCCAGUUUCCUGGAAGGGGAGGCCAGUCCCCCGCUGGGAGCACGCAGACGUUUCUCGGCGCUGCUGGAGCCCAGCCGCUUCAGUGCCCCUCAGGAAGACGAAGAUGAGGCCCGACUCCGCAGGCCUCCUCGGCCCAGCUCCGAUCCCUCUAGCUCACUGGAUACACGUCUCCCCAAAGAGGCAGCACAAGGAGAGGGAAUUUCUACUCCUGGAGACCCAGAGGCCUCUGAGCGCUCACACCCAGGUGACCUGUGCCCACCCUCCAAGGAUGGAGACCCAUCAGGUCCCAGGGCCACCAAUGACCUGGUUUUGCGAAGGGCAAGGCACCAGCAGCUGUCUGGAGAUCUUGCUGUGGAGAAGCGACCUUCUCGAACUGGGGGCAAAGUUAUCAAGUCAGCCUCGGCUACCGCCUUGUCGGUCAUGAUUCCUGCAGUGGACCCACACGGAGGCUCACCCCUUGCUAGUCCCAUGUCCCCUCGAUCUCUCUCCUCCAAUCCAUCCUCACGGGACUCUUCACCUAGCCGGGACUACUCACCAGCUGUCAGUGGACUCCGGUCCCCCAUCACCAUCCAACGCUCAGGCAAGAAAUACGGGUUCACGCUGCGUGCCAUUCGUGUUUACAUGGGCGACUCAGAUGUCUACAGUGUCCACCAUAUUGUGUGGCACGUGGAGGAAGGGGGUCCUGCACAAGAGGCAGGGCUCUGUGCUGGGGACCUCAUCACCCACGUGAACGGUGAGCCUGUGCAUGGCAUGGUGCAUCCUGAGGUGGUGGAGCUGAUCCUGAAGAGCGGCAACAAAGUAGCUGUGACCACCACACCCUUUGAAAACACCUCCAUCCGCAUUGGGCCUGCCAGGCGCAGCAGUUACAAGGCCAAAAUGGCUCGUAGGAACAAGAGGCCUUCCGCUAAAGAUGGCCAAGAGAGUAAGAAGCGCAGCUCCCUCUUCCGGAAGAUCACAAAACAGUCAAACCUGCUGCACACUAGCAGAUCGCUGUCCUCACUGAACCGGUCCUUGUCGUCCAGCGACAGUCUUCCCGGCUCGCCCACGCACGGAUUACCAGCACGCUCGCCCACGCACAGCUAUCGCUCCACGCCUGACUCCGCGUACCUAGGCGCCUCAUCACAGAGUAGCUCCCCAGCUUCCAGCACCCCUAACUCUCCCGCGUCAUCGGCGUCGCACCACAUCCGGCCCAGCACCCUGCACGGGCUUUCACCGAAGCUACACCGUCAGUACCGCUCUGCACGCUGUAAAUCGGCCGGCAACAUCCCGCUGUCACCACUGGCACACACGCCAUCCCCGACGCAGGCGUCGCCGCCGCCGCUUCCAGGCCACACGGUGGGCAGCUCACACACCACGCAGAGCUUCCCCGCCAAAUUGCACUCCUCACCGCCUGUUGUGCGCCCGCGCCCCAAGAGUGCAGAGCCGCCACGCUCGCCGCUGCUCAAGCGGGUGCAGUCAGCGGAGAAGCUGGGGGCUUCGCUGGGCUCAGACAAAAAAGGCGCACUGCGCAAACACAGCCUCGAAGUGGGUCACCCGGAUUUCCGCAAGGACUUCCACGGUGAGCUGGCACUACAUAGCCUCGCCGAGUCCGAUGGUGAGACGCCUCCCAUCGAGGGUCCUGGAACGACCCGGCAGGUCGCCGUGCGACGCCUGGGCCGCCAGGAAUCGCCCCUGAGUUUGGGCGCGGACCCAUUGCUACCCGAGGGUGCCCCGAGGCCGAUGGCGUCAAGUAAAGAGGAGUCCCCGGGGGGUGCAGAGGCUUGCACCCCGCCUCGCGCGACAACCCCCGGGAGCCGGACCCUGGAGCGUGACUCGGGCUGCACGAGGCACCAGAGCGUGCAGACUGAGGAUGGCCCAGGUGGGGUGGCCAGGGCCUUGGCCAAGGCGGCGCUAAGCCCGGUGCAGGAACAUGAGACAGGCCGGCGCUGUAGCUCUGGCGAGGCAGGCCCACCCCCGGUGCCCAUUGUUGUAGAGCCUGCCCGGCCAGGGGUCAAGACCCAGACAACUCAGCCUCUGGGCACAGACUCCAAGGGAUUGAAAGAACCUGUAGCCCAGGUGCCUCUAGUGCCUGAAGCGCCAAGGGGCCGGGAGCGCUGGGUGCUCGAGGAGGUGGAAGAGCGGACCACACUAAGCGGACCUCGCUCCAAGCCCGCUUCCCCUAAGCUCUCUCCCGACCCCCAGACUCCAGCCCUAGUCCCAACAAAGAAUGUGUCCCGAAGUGCAGUUCCUCCAGUCCCUCCUGCUUCCCUUGUGGUCCCAGGCGCCAAGCCUGAAACAGGGUUGAACUCCCGGUGUCCUGCCGAAGCCGUGACUUCCGCAGGCCUAACCAAAACUGGGGCACCCAGCCCCGCACCUCUAGGCCCAUAGCGGGGCAGGCCUUUGGCCCUGUGUUGUACAGUUGCCUGUAUACAUAUGUACACAUAUAAAUAAAGUGCCCGUGCUGCCUGA